UUUACCUCCAUCUUUUUCCGGUCAAUGGGGAAUGGGCAGUGAUUACAGGAGCAGGAGAUGGCAUUGGAAAAGCAUAUUCCAUUGAGCUAGCCAAAUGUGGACUAAAUAUUGUUUUGAUUAGCAGAACACUCCAGAAAAUGCAAACAGUAGCCUCUGAUAUUGAACAGACUACAGGGCAAAGAGUGAAAAUCAUACAAGCUGACUUCACCCAAAAAGACAUAUAUAUUGAUAUUGAAGAAAGCCUUCAAGGAUUAGAAGUUGGAAUUUUGGUGAACAAUGUUGGAAUGCUUCAGACCAGCACCCCAUGCCAUUUUCUUGAGGCACCAGACAAUGAUGAGGCCCUUAUCAACUGCAACAUUAUGUCUGUUGCCCAGAUGACACGGAUAAUUUUGAAACAGAUGGUGACAAGACAAAGGGGACUGAUUCUGAAUAUAUCUUCUGCUGUUGCGACCUUCCCCUGUCCAUUAUAUGCCAUCUAUUCUGCCUCUAAAGCUUUUGGGUACACAUUUUCCAAAGCUCUUCAAGCAGAAUAUAAUGCAAAAGGAAUUAUCAUACAGGCAGUGACUCCUUAUUCUGUUUCGACUCCAAUGACCAUGUGGUCAAAGCCUAAUCUAAUCAACAAGACAGCAGAAGCUUUUGUUAGAGAGUCUCUGCAGUAUGUCACUUUGGGUGAUGAGACAUUUGGAUGCUUAACCCACGAAAUAUUGGCACGGCUCGUGAAGUGUAUUCCUUUGUGGAUUUUUCACAGUGAGAGAGUGCAAGAUAUGCUAAAAGAUGCUAUUUCCCAUCAGCUGAAAAAGAGUUUUAAAAGUAUCUGAAAAACACCUUCACUUGGAGCAGGUGUCAUUGUAGACACUUUCUUGAAAGUUCGGUGUGAAUUAUGCCAGCAGUGAAUUUGACAGGCCUUUCAUCUGAGCAAAUUUACAAUAGUAGUAGUAGUAGUAAUAAUAAUAAUAUCAAGUACUAACUACAAGUGUUUGUAUUUUCACUUCUGUAGGUUGCAUUUAGAGCUAUACACUGCAUUUAAUGCUAGUACAUAUUUUUAAAGAAGUUAUUUUAAUAAUAUUCAUUUUACUAUUAAUUUGAAUUUAAUACUGAUAUUCAGGAAAUAAUGUCAGUAUUGCUUUGGCAAUUCAUUUCAAUAAACACUAAGAAAAAUAUGUUUAAAUUAGGGAUGGGCAACGGUACAGGAAGUAGAGGCCAUUUUCCCUCUCUGAUCCUUCCUAAUGGGACACAUCAGUGCAUUUAGGCACACCCAAAGUGAUGCAGCAUUACUUCUUGCUGCUAUUUUGGAUGAUUUGUGAUCUUCUUUUUGUUUUGGAGUUGUUGUUUUUAGGAGGCUUGGAGGCUCUGAGGAGGUUAGAGAAAGCAAAUUUUCAGUUAGGUUUCAGCAGCAUUUGGUUGGUUUUACAGCAAAACCAACACAGGCAGAUGCAUCCAAGACAUUAUAAUUUUUGACCACAUAUGACCCUUGUUACUGACACUUUCCAUUCACUGAACUUGUAUUAAGGGGACAUGGCUUUUUAUAGAAUAUAUUUGCCCAUUGUCAGCAACACAGGCUGUUGCCCCACUGCAGGAAAAAAAACCCAUUUGACCCAUUUUAGCUACCAUGACUCAGUGCUAUGUAAUUUUGGGAUUUGUAGUUUGAUGAGAUAUCAGAGCACUCUGACAGGGAAGGCUAAAUAUCUCACAAAACUAUAAAUCCCAAAAUUCCAUAGCAUUAAGGCCUGGAAGUUAAAAUGGUAUCAAAUGGUUUUAUUUCUGCAGUGUGGCAGCAGCCUGUGAUAAGUAGAUUGUGGGAAAGGGAAACAGGGUAGCAAAAUACUGCUUUGGACUGGAAGGUAUGUAUUACGAGCUAUCAACACAACAGACUACAUCUGCCUGGUAGAUCUAAGGCCUCCAAUCACUUGCAGUGGUGUAAUCUCACCAUAGUUAGUAAGGCUGUUCUGGGAUAUGUGGCUUAAGGAGUGCAUCCUUAAAUAAGCAAAGGCUUUAUUCUUAUAGAAAUGAGAGUUGCAAAUCAGUCUAGACAAGCAGUUUGCAUUGCAGUGAAUCUUUUCCUUUCCUUUUACAAAAAUGAACCUUUGAUCCCAGUAUUAUAAACACUAUUAUCACGCCUGCAGCAAAAGACAGCACUCUACUGUUUACGAAGACCACCAGGGAGUGAAACAGAUAUUUUAUUAUACUGCAGCAUAACAGGACUUCAAAACAGAUUUGGCCUUGGAGAUGGAAUGGCUCCAUUUGUUUUUAGAAAAUACCACAGUAACAUUCCUUUGAAAAGUAACAAGUGCAACAGACAGCCAAAUUUGUCUGGCAGGUGUUUGAAUAUAUGUUAUCUGGAUCUCCAUACUAAAUACGAUUUCCAAGGUAGGGAAAAGAUAAAGAAAUAUGUGCAGGAACAUUGUCUCAUGUCAGAUUUAAUUCCUCAUAUCACCUGAUCUGAAGUUUGGAAAUGUUACUUUUAAGGAAUGAAAUCCUCAGAUUCUCUCAAAAGCAACAUAGUCACUAUUAUUUUUAAACUAACAAGACUACCCUUUUGGAAAGUGUAUAGAGUUAUACCUCAGUUAUCCUAAAGGCGUCAGAUCCAGUCUAAUCUUGGAAGCUAAACCAGAGUUAGCUCUGGUUAGUACUUGGAUGGGAAUCUACCAAUUAAUACCAGGUGCUUUAGGCUAGAUUUUAGAGGAAUGAAUUGGCAAACUCACAUGUGAGUAUUCUUUGCUUAAGAAAAUCCUUUGAAAUUAAUGGGGUCGCAAUAGGUUGACAGGCAGCUUGAAGGUGCAUGCAUGCACACCAAAUACAUUUAUUUCUGGUCAUGACAUCUUCAACACAAAAUUGGACCAAAACACACAGAAAAUUUAAUGAUUGGGUAGAGAUUUGGGAUUGCAUUACUCAUUGAAAAAGAUGAUACUGCUCAGGAAAGUAGAAGGCCACAUUACAAAUGGAUUGAUUCAGUCAAGGAAUCCACGGCCCUGAGUUUGCAAGACCUGAGCAGGGCUGCCAAUGUCUGGAACUCUUGGAGGUCUCUCAUUCAUAGGAUCACCAUACAUCAAAGCCAACUUGAUGGCAAAUAACAACAAUAACAAGAGACCUGAACCCAGAUCAGUAUCAGACUUUACUAUGCACCCAGUUAGUCCUGAGCAUAAACCCUUUUUAUAGUGCUGUAUUCCCCAAUUGAUGUUUAGUAGUUUUGUGGUAAAUAAAAUUAAUGGGAAUUAAAUACAAAGGUGUGCAUGUAUAUAUUGAAGCAGCCACAUUAUUUUUACAUUAUUUCUCUUUCAAAAAUAACUGAACAAACAUAUUGCUCAGGGCAGCAUACUUUCCAGCCCCCAUUUUAUCUAUCUGUAAAGUUGAUUGGCUCAACUCAGAGGUGGGAGACUAAAGGACAGUCUGGAAGAGUUGAGGACCACAAAAAACUAGGGCCACACUUUGCCCACCUCUGGCCAGUUUAAUGGUGUCUGAUACACAGUCACCCAGUAGACUUAGGCUGAGAUACUGCAUCAGGAGAUGUAUGUACCACAUGCAGCUAAAUCUCAGCAGUUAUGUCUCCUUUCUGACUGUAGUCCUCAUUUGUUAGAUUUCAUUGUUGUUGUUGUUUUUAUUUGAAAGGCAAACUGCAUGCAGCUGUGGUUGGUGCUUAGAUUAUCAUGUAUAACCACCAGAGACUGGGCCUUGUAACAUCAAACAGGGGCAGCCCUGUGUGACAUCACAAUGAGUUAUCCUAGAUCUCAGGCUUCAUCCUUGAAAUCUCUGGGCCUAGGAUCAUCCUGACUUGACAGCCCUUGGGGUAUAAGAGCUGCCCAUAGCUUUCAUGUCAGACAGACAGAGGACCUUACUGCACAGGA